AAUGAUGGGGGAUUGUAAUGUAACGGCGAGCAACUGUAUAUAUACCUCCACCACCAUUCUCCCCCAAAAACGUUUUCUUCUUCCUUCCUUCCUUCCUUCUUUCAUCAUAUUUAUCUCCUUCAUUCUCUACUUUCUCUCUCUAUACGUAUACAUAUACGCUUAUAUCUAUCUAUAUCGGUUGGUGAAUUGCAUUUAGAUUCCACUUCAUUCACAUACAACAACGAAGCUGAUUGAUUGAUUGCCUGCCUGCCUGCCUGACAUGUUUUGAUAUUCAAGAAGAGUUCUUUAUCGUUUAUUUGAACAAGAAUUUCAAGGAGAGUUCUUUAUUCGGGGUUGAAAAUCUGAUCCUGUUUUGACUUUAGUGCGCGAAUAUGUGCGAACCAGAUUCAGAUGUCGUUAAGUGGGGUCUUGAUCUCCUUACCGUGGAUCCAAUGUUUAGUUCCGCAUAUUACGGUGAUAGCAAUCAACAUGAAAUGAACAUAAGUCACGAACAGUAUAAUAACGGAGGUACUUAUCAAGUAAAUGAAUUUAACAACGUGAAAAAUGACGAAAUGCUAGCUCAUUCUCUUCAACAAGAACUAUUGGAUCUCUCAAUUUCCGAUGAAAAUGAAUCAUCUGAUAUAUCCCAUCAAGUGGAUCAUUUACAAACGUCCGCUGAUACUCAAGAGUGGUACGGUGGUCCGACAUCAGAUAAUUAUUAUUAUGGUGAUGAAUCUAGGUUACAAGAAGCAGAUGAAAUGGGCCCAUCGAGUACAUGUUCGAGUCCUGGAAACCGUUCUUAUGAUGGAGAUGAAUAUUCGUAUAAUCUUGAAAUAACAGAUGAAUCUGAGCUUGAUGGAGAAGUAGGCAAGAGAUUACAUGAAAUUGUCCCUGUUCCUCAUAUCCCCAAAGUUAAUGGAGACAUACCUUCAGUCGACGAAGCUACUUCUGAUCACCAAAGGCUGCUGGACAGGUUGCAGGUGUAUAACCUGAUUGAAUCUAAAGUUCAAGGCGAUGGUAACUGUCAGUUUCGCGCUCUCUCAGACCAGUUUUACCGUUCACCGGAGCAUCAUAAAUUUGUGAGACGACAAGUGGUUAAUCAGCUCAAAUCACAUCCAGAAAUGUAUGAAGGAUAUGUUCCCAUGGCAUACAGUGACUACUUAAAAAGGAUUUCCAAGAGUGGAGAGUGGGGAGAUCAUGUUACCUUACAAGCUGCUGCAGAUUCUUAUGGGGUUAAAAUUUUUGUUCUCACCUCGUUUAAAGAUACAUGUUCGAUUGAGAUUCUUCCGAAAGUGCAGAAAUCAAAACGGGUUAUUUUCUUGAGCUUUUGGGCUGAGGUGCACUAUAACUCGAUUUAUCCCGAGGGAGAGUUGCCGCCACCCGAAUACAGAAAAAAGAAACGAUGGUGGAAUUUUAAGCAUAGGCAUCAAGCGUACCUUGAUUGAUCGAUUGGUUUUCAGUUUCAUGAAUUAACUUAUUUACUUUGAAUUUAUAAAAUUUAUAGCAAAGAAUUGUCAUCAUGUACAGCAGUGUUUAUUGGUUCUUUAAAUUGAUUAUGCUGGUUUUUAAAUGUUUUAUUUAAAAUCAGCAUUGUUAUGACAUUAUGAUAGUUAUUAUUAUUAAUAAAGCUUAUUUAAUUUCUAGCUA